AUUAAGCCAUUUUGUUUAUGAAUAUCUUGUUCAUAUGGGAGCAUCUAAAACUGCCGAUAUGUUUAAAAAUGAGGUUCUUGCACAUAAUCCAAAUAUUCAAAUUGAUGUCUCUGCACCGCCUGGCUUUCUUUCAAAUUGGUUUAGUGUUUUUUGGGACCUUUAUUCUGUUCAAGCUGACAAAAAAGAUAAAGCAGAACCUUCAAAUGAUGCAAAAACUUAUCAUAAAAUGAUCUUCCCAGCUGGCGGUUUCCCUGAGGGAAUGGUUAACGGGGGAGGAAUAUAUGGACAUCCUGGGUUUCAUAAUCCAAAUAUGGGCCAAGCUCCUGGUUUGCCUCCUCCACCUCAAUCUCAAAAUAUGCCUGAUGGUAUGUUUCCGGUUGGUUAUUUUAAUGGAACACGUGGUGGUCCUCAGCCUGGUCCUUCUCAAUCUUCUAAUCAAGCUUCGCCUAUUCCAGGUGGACCUUCUAACAGAUUUCCUCAACAACAAGGUACUCGAAGUGGGGCACCAACUCCCAACAGUUUUCAACCACAACAUCAAAUGAAUGCUGCUUCCUUCCAAAUGACCGAACAAAUGCGGAUGGCUUUCGUUCAACAGCAAAGACAAGGUGUCCAACCCGGAAGGAUGCCUAUGAAUAUGCCCCUUUCUGGUCAUCCAGGCAGGCAACAAAUUCGCCCACAAUUCUGUCCACCACAACAAUAUAUGGAUUCACCAUCUGGCACUCCACCAUUCACAGGUUCUAUAGCACAUAAUGGCGCAGUUUCUGCUGCAGCUGCUUCGGCUAUGUGUUCUUCUUCCGCUUCUUUAAUGUCUCCUACAGCCUGUGUUCCUUCUCAACAACAAAUACCUCAUGGUGUUUUAAUGGGUGGAGGGUCUGUCCCCGGACAAAUGCAGGGACCAUCUGGUGAUGUAACGGGAGUUGGUCCUGGCUCUGCCGAUCCUAAUUUUAUGAUGAUGAGUGCUGGUGGUGGUCCUCCUAGUGGAAUGCAAUCACAGUUUUUAAAUCACAAUGAUGGAGGAAACGGUGGCAAUCCAACGGCUACAUCGAUUAGACAACAAAUAGAAGCUGCUGAAGGCGGAGAUUUAAAUGGAGGUGGAAAUCAACAACAAAGCAGUCAAUUACAUUCAUUAUUGAAUGGGACAGGAGGAGGGGCAAGUGGAGAUAUGUCUAUGGAAAUAAAACAUUCACCUGCAUCUGUUCAUCAUUUUGCGGGUAGUGGAAGUGUACCAGGAACAAGUUGUCAACAACCAGGCAUAAAUGGUGGAACACCUACGGGGGGAGGAGGCCCUUUAGGUAGUGUUGGUGGCCCUAGUUCUGUUCAUUCUCAACAAAGUGGUAGCAAUAAUAAAAUCCAACAACAACCACCAAUCUCUGAAGCAUUAGAAAUGGCUGGACAUGUGGGGAAUCAUCAGAGUGAUGAAAUUUCCAAAAUUAAAGCAGGUCUAUUGGAAGGAUUUCCCCAAACUCAUCAAUUUCAGCAGCAAUGA